GAAGUGCCCGUGUCGAGCCCGACCGCGAGCCGCCGCCGCGACAUGGAGCAGCCGGCGCCGUGCAGCGCGGAGGAGAUCGCGGCGCAGUACCGGGAGCUGAGCCAGCGCCCCGCGCUCAGCGCCGCCUGCGUCGGCCCCGACGUCACCACCCGGUACGGCGGCAAAUACUGCAGCCUCCACACCGAAUGGUCACAGCGGGACCUGGAGCGAGCGGAGAACGUCAGGUUCUGCCGCCAGUACCUCGUUUUCCACGACGGCCAGUCCAUCGUGUACUCCGGGCCUGCGGGCACCUGCUCCGAGAUCAAGGACGAGCUGCUGAGCAGGGAGUCUCCCAGCGGCACGCUGAAGGCUGUCCUGCGCAAGGUCCAAAGCAAGGAUAAGGAGAAGCAGUUCCUGGAGGUCUGGGAUCAGAACCGCAAGGUGAAGAGCAUCAACUUGACGGCUCUGGAGAAGCACGGCAGCGUCUACGAUGACGGUCAGUUUGGAUGCCUGUCCUGGUCCCACUCAGAGACUCACCUGCUCUAUGUGGCCGAGAAGAAGCGGCCCAAGGCCGAGUCCUUCUUCCAGAGCAAAGCACCUGAGCUGGGCGGCUCCGCUGAAGAGGACCUGGGGCACCCGACGAAGCAAGAUACGCCCAUCAAGGGCGAGAAGUUCGUGUACUACGAGGACUGGGGAGAGACGCUGAGGACCCGCAGCAUGCCCGUCCUCUGCGUGCUGGACAUUGAGGGGAGCAGUAUCUCCGUGCUGGAGGGCAUCCCAGAGCAAGUCUCCCCUGGGCAGGCCUUCUGGUCCCCCGGAGACACUGGGGUGGUGUUUGUGGGCUGGUGGCACGAGCCUUUCCGCCUGGGCCUGCGGCACUGCACCAACCGCCGGUCCGCGCUCUUCUACGUGGACCUCGCGAGUGGGAAAUGUGAGCUGCUCUCUGAAGACACCAAGGCCACGUGGUCCCCACGGCUCAGCCCUGACCAGUGCCGCAUCGCCUACCUGGAGAACAGUGCCCUAGGCCCCCACCAGCAAUGCAGCCGGCUUCGCAUGUACGACUGGUACACCAAGCGCACCUGCACCGUGCUUGAGGCUGUGCCCCGGCAGACGCGGGGUGCUUUCCCAGGCAUCUACUGCAGCGCUCUGCCAGGGCUGUGCUGGGCUGCCGACAGCCAGAGGCUCGUGUUGGACACAGCCCAGCGCAGCCAGCAGGACCUCUUUGUGGUGGACACGCUGACAGGCACCGUGACCUCGCUGACAGCCGAUGCUCCCCAGGGGAGCUGGUCUCUCCUCACCAUCGACCGGGACCUGCUGGUGGCCAGGUUCUCCACCCCUAGCUGCCCCCAGACGCUGAAAGUGGCUCUCCUGCCCAGCGCGGGCCGGGAGGCCCAGGUGCAGUGGGUCUGCCUGCAGGACGUGCCCCCAGUGCCUGGCAUCUCCUGGGCCGUGCGCACGCUGCAGCCUCUGCCGGAGCAGGACAACCCGCAAUACAGGGGCCUGGAUUUUGACGCCGUCCUGCUGCGGCCAAGUGAGGGCCCUGCAGCCCAGAAACCCCCGCUCGUCGUGAUACCCCACGGGGGUCCCCACACUGUCUUUGUGGCCGAGUGGAUGCUGUACCCGGCCGUGCUCUGCCGCGUGGGCUUCGCCGUGCUCCUGGUGAACUACCGCGGUUCGCUGGGCUUCGGCCAGGACAGCGUGGCCUCCCUGCCAGGCAACGUGGGCACCCAGGACGUGCAGGAUGUGCAGCACUGCGUGGAGCAGGUGCUGCAGGAGGAGGCGCUGGACUCCACCCGAGUGGCGCUGGUGGGCGGCUCACACGGAGGCUUCUUGGCGUGCCACCUCAUCGGGCAGUUCCCCGACACCUACCGGGCCUGCGUGGUCCGCAACCCCGUGGUGAACAUUGCCUCCAUGGUCACCACCACCGACAUCCCCGACUGGUGCCUGACAGAGAUAGGGCUGCCCUACGUGCCUGACGCCCUGCCAGACCCAGCCCAGUGGACAGAGAUGCUGCACAGGUCGCCCAUACGCUACGUCGACCGGGUCCGCGUGCCCGUGCUGCUGAUGCUGGGGGAGGAUGACCGGCGUGUGCCCCCCUGGCAGGGGCUGGAGUAUUACCGUGCUCUCAAGGCCUGGGGCAUCCCCACACGGUUGCUCUGGUACCCGAACAACAGCCACGCUCUGGACGGAGUUGAGGCCGAAGCCGAUGGUUUCAUGAACGUGGCACUGUGGCUGCUCAAAUACCUGUGGUGCUGAGGACACGCCGGUGCCGCCGAGCCGCAGCCCCCCAAUAAAUGGCAUCGCUCCACCAGCA